AUGCCUCCGGGGACCCUCAUGACGGAGCCACUCGAUGACUUGAUUGCUCAGGGCUCCCGGCACGCGCCUGCGCCGCGUCGCACCGCCGGGGCGCGGGCCGCGAGCAGGCGUCAUGUCAAGGAGGAGCCGCCGCGGAAGAAGCAGGCCAGCAAGGCCCCCGCCGCGGCGCCAGCAUCGCCAACGCACAUCCCAGACCUUGACGACUUCGACAAGGAAUUCGACGACUUGAUCGGGUGCAGCCAGGGAACGGACGCGGGGACGCCGCUCGGGACGCCCAGCAAGGAGGCCAGGGAGGCCAAGCGGUACGAGACCUACCUGGCGAGGAUGGAGAAGAAGGACAAGCAGCGCCAGAAGACCGCGAAGGCGAUCGAGAAGGAAAUCCAGCAGGAAGAGAAGGAGAAGAAGAAGACCGACCGGGAGUGGAAGGCGCUCAAGCGCAAGCUCAAGAGGCAGAACCGGGAGCGUAUCGCGCAGCGCAAGAAGCGCGCCGCCGCAGUGUACCGCAGCACCGUCGGCGACGUCAGCCUCGUCCGGCCGAGCCCCGUGGACCCCGCGAUGCUCGCCCCGAAGCCGUCGAACGCCCUCAAAGACAUUGCCACUGUUCUGCCUGACGUGGCGCUUCUGGCGGACCUGCGGAAGCACCUCCCCGAGGGCUGCGCGGACGUGAGCGACGCGGCGCUCACGGAGGAGGCCAUCGCGACGGGAUUCCUCGCGCGGCACUACCACACGGCCAACAAGUGCUCGCGCGCCGUGAUGGACGUCCUGCUCGACGCCGCGGCGUUCGCGCUGCCGCACACGCAGCCGCUCGCCGAGCACGCCGUCAAGACCAUCACGCAGAUUCUUACGUCGCACAAGGGCCGCGCAGCGGCGCCGAACGCCGCCCCCACGGCCGGGCGCAUCGUCCGCAUCCUCCAGGCGCUCGGCUACGCGUACGGCGGCGACCCGCAGGACCAGCCCGCCAUCGAGGACACGAUCCUCGGCUCCCAGGCCGGUGGCGAUGACGGCCCGACGUGCACUUUGAACAACGUGGCGCGCGUGCUGCGCUUCGUCGCGGCCGCCGCGCACAGGAUCGAGUUCCCGUCCGUGGACGACGCGGCCGCGCUGCUCGCCGCGACGAUCCGGCUGCGGUGCGCGCCGCAUCACGAGCACUUUAGCCAGGAGCGCAACUCGGCGCUGAACGCGCUGCUAGACACGCUGUUCGACCCGCGGGCGUACGAGCGGCGCGGGUCCGGCGGCGGGGUCGCGGCGGGGCACCUGGCGACGGAGAAGGAGCUGCAGGAGGUCGCGGACCGCGUGUGCGCAGAGGUCUGCCAGGGCCCGUCGCACGCGUGCGUGGUCGCGUGCGUCCGCGCGCUCCCGCUCAAGCCCCGCGUCCGCAACGGCGACGACCCUGACGCCCCCUGGGCCGCGUGCAACCAGACGCGGGUCCUCCGCCGCCGCAUGGCCCUCUGCGGCAUCGCCGGCAUCCUCGGGGCCCCGCUCCCGCAGACCAAGGCCCGCGCCGACCCCGUGCACGUCGCGCUGACGCUCCUGGGCGACGGCCGCGAGCUGGCGCGCCGCGCCGCGGACCGCGAGGGAGGGAUGGACGCGUGGAAGCUGCACAGCCUGCUCGACCUGCUCUACGUGCUCACGGAGACGCAAGUGCAGCUUAUCUCGCGGCCGCACAAGGCUGCGGACAAGGAUCUGAUCACGGGCUUCCUCCGAGGCGUGGCGGGGUUCUCACAAAUGGUCGGGCGCAACGAGCCCGUCGCGCUGGCGGUGCGCAUCGUGCUGGACGACUUGCAGGGCAAGGUGAGCCUGGGCGAGACGGCGCUGCCGGGGAUGGAGCUGGAGGAGGCGAAGGUGGCGGACAGGGACGCGGUGCUUGUGGAGUAG